CUCAUUCAGUUAUCAAUUAAUCGAUCAAAAUGGCCAUCCUAAACACAGUCCCUCCCCAAGCAUCCACAAUCACAAAACCAAAUCUCAUCAAGAAAUCCAAAUCCAAAUCCCCAACCUGCAUCCUCCCCACACUCCCGUUGGAGAUCGUCGAAAUGAUCUGUGACGGGCUCAGCACUCGCGACCUCGCCUCGUUAAUGGGAACAUGUCGCGACGCGUACCGGUUAACAAUACACCGCUUCGCGCAGCGAUAUACAGAAAUCUACAUAGAUUUUUCGCAGGCGUAUUUCGACCAUAUCCAUGCUAUUGCUUCGAAUAAGGUGAUGAGGGGGUAUGUGCAGCGACUGGUGAUUAUGACUCGCGAGCCGUAUUUAGGGAGCGGUGUGAAUUGGGAGUGGAGCAUGGCCGGGCAUGUGAAGAAAGCGAUGGAUAUGGCUGUUAUUAAACGGUUCAGAGAUGAUUUGGCGUUGAGGUUGGUGAAUUGUCGGUCGUUUAUUAUUUCGCCGGUUGGACAUGCACAUACAAAAGAAGAGCAAGAUAGACAGUUCAAUCCUGAUGAUGCAGCUUGUAUCCUGCUGGAUAUCAUCGCAGAUGCCUCCUUACCUAUCAAGAUUUUCUGGUACGGAAAAGGAAUGAAUUACACAUCCGACAUUAUGAACAUCUCCCGAUUACCCAAAGCCCUCUUCAGCAAUCCCGGAUUCAGAGCUGGAUGGAACGCUCUUGAGAAUCUGCAUCUGGAACACGAACCCACGCCAUCAAAUUAUUCGUUCCUUAUGGAUAUGAUUCUGCACGCUCCGAACGCACGCAAGCUGUAUCUCAGCCUUGGACCGAAGGAUUUGGCUGUUGAAUUCUUCUCCCAACUUAGCAGGUCUAGUAAUCUGCCAAGAAACCUGGAACGAGUGACACUGUCAUUCACGGCCAUCAAAGCAGAUGAUCUCAUAACCAUCUUGUAUCAAUCCCGACAUAGUCUCCGACGACUGAUACUAAACGGCGUCACCGGCUUAUCAGUUGGGUGGCUUACAUUCCUUAGCAAAACGCAAAGCCUGUUUCCGGCACUUGAAACAACCUCGCUGAACAUGCUCUAG